GUAAGGCUGUUAAGGUUUCUACUGCUCAUUAGGUUGUAUUUGUGAUAUCUGAGCUGUUUAUUCAAUCUCAAUUUGGUAUAUUCCCCGUUAAACUUGGAGUAAGUUAAAGCCAUAAAAAAUAUAAUUGAGGAGCUAUAUUUACUAUUUAAAACAAUAGAUCGUCACACAUAUACUUCGAAUAAAAUUACUAAGCCGCAAGGAUGAUGACAGAGAAAAUUGUUCAGGGUCACCCAAGUUUGGUUAACAAAGGGAUUUUAAGUGAUCAUCAAAUUGCCACUAAUUUAAGCGACGACAUGGGAUGGAAAUCUAAACUGAAGCUACCCCCAAAGGACAACCGCUUCAAAACAUCAGAUGUGACUGAUACACGUGGCAACGAAUUUGAAGAAUUUUGCCUUAAGCGGGAACUUCUCAUGGGUAUUUUCGAAAAAGGUUGGGAGCGACCAUCGCCGAUUCAAGAAGCUGCUAUACCUAUUGCCUUAAGCGGAAAAGAUGUUUUAGCUCGCGCAAAAAACGGCACUGGAAAAACGGGAGCAUAUUGCAUUCCUGUUCUAGAGCAAAUUGACCCAACUAAAGACUAUAUUCAAGCAUUAGUAAUGGUCCCCACACGAGAACUGGCCUUGCAGACUUCACAAAUAUGCAUUGAACUUGCUAAGCAUCUUGAUAUUCGGGUAAUGGUAACAACAGGAGGAACCAUUUUAAAGGAUGACAUUCUUCGUAUAUAUCAAAAAGUACAAUUAAUAAUUGCAACUCCCGGGCGAAUUUUGGAUUUAAUGGAUAAGAAAGUGGCAGAUAUGUCGCAUUGUAAAAUAUUAGUCUUGGAUGAAGCUGAUAAGCUGCUCUCAUUAGAUUUUCAAGGCAUGCUGGAUCAUGUUAUAUUAAAAUUACCCAAGGAUCCACAGAUAUUGCUGUUUUCCGCUACAUUUCCAUUAACCGUAAAAAACUUUAUGGAGAAACAUUUGCGUGAACCCUAUGAGAUAAACCUUAUGGAAGAGUUAACAUUGAAAGGUGUCACCCAAUACUAUGCAUUUGUACAAGAACGGCAGAAAGUUCACUGCUUAAACACUUUAUUUUCAAAAUUGCAAAUAAAUCAAUCAAUAAUAUUUUGCAACUCUACGCAACGUGUUGAACUCUUAGCGAAAAAAAUAACUGAGCUCGGCUAUUGCUGUUACUACAUUCACGCUAAAAUGGCCCAAGCACAUAGAAACAGAGUCUUUCACGAUUUCCGACAAGGCCUGUGUCGUAAUUUGGUUUGCUCUGAUUUGUUUACUCGUGGUAUAGAUGUACAAGCUGUGAAUGUCGUAAUCAAUUUCGAUUUUCCACGAAUGGCGGAAACAUAUUUACAUCGAAUCGGUCGAUCUGGUCGGUUUGGUCAUUUGGGUAUCGCUAUUAAUUUAAUUACUUACGAGGAUCGGUUUGACCUGCAUCGUAUUGAAAAGGAACUAGGAACGGAAAUAAAACCCAUACCAAAAGUAAUUGACCCCGCACUGUACGUGGCAAAUGUCAGUGGAUCUUCAGGAGAUACAUGCAACAAUAGUGAUCUUAAUAAUUCUACAAAUGAAGAAGGCAAUGUUAGUAAAUAGAUAAAAAAGAUUAAUUUAAAAAAUAAAAAGUUUUGAAAUGUCUAAAACAUGGAACAAUAAAUGAAAACUAAUAUUGCAGUAA